AUGGAGGUAUGGCUCGGUCAUCGUCUGCACCACCCGCUACGCUCUAUCAAAGAAUACUACCAGCAGCGCGCUGCCGUCCCCGGUACUCUAUUGAUCACCGAAGCUACGGUUAUCAGCCCACGACAUGGCGGCUAUCCUAAUGUCCCCGGAAUCUUCACGGAUGGACAUGUUGCUACCUGGAAGGAAGUGACAAAAGCAGUGCAUGACAAGGGUUCAUAUAUCUCUUCUUCAGCUGUGGGCUCUUGGUCGGGUGUGGAGAUCCACGGCGCAAAUGGAUAUCUGAUUGACCAAUUUAUCCAAGAUAUCUAUAACAAGCUGGUGCAAGAUAUCGGGCAGGAACGGACAGCGAUUCGACUAAGCCCCUGGAGCCGCUAUCAAGAUAUGCCCAUGGAGGACCCGGUGUCGCAAUUCACGGGGCUUCUUACGACAGACAUUUGGGUUAGCUACUUAAUGCCUACCAGAGUGCGGGCCCAGAAAGGUCACGAUGUGGUCAUUGCCUUUGGGCGGCCAUUCACUGGGAAUCCAGACCUGGCUUUCCGUGUCAGAGAAGAAAUUCCUUUUGCACCGUAUGGUCCCCAAGCCAUGUAUGCGCAGGCUGCGGAGGGGUACACGGAUUAUGCGUACAGCAAGGAGUUCGAGGCUACUACUACGUCUACGUAA